AUGCAAGUGUGCAGAUCCCUCCUACGUUCCCUUGAGGUUCUCACCCUGGGGACCUGGCUUCGCCUCACCCCUCACCUGCAGAUCCCUCCUCUGCCCCGGCUCAAGAAGCUGACCCUGAUUUGUGUUGGCGUUAUCAGUGGCGCUGAUUUGCUGGGCAGGGGAUCUGGGACGCUGGAGGACGCUGCCGUUUCUUCCAUUCUGCCCUCUCUGGAGGAUCUGGAGGUGCAUCUGGCAGGGGAGGCAGAGGAGCUGCCGCUACCCCUCGCAUUCUGCCCCAACCUCCGCACGCUGACCAUCCAAAGUGCUGGCCGCAUGCAGGCACUUCCGGAUGACAUGGGAUGGACCCUGCAGCAGCUGAGGCAGCUGCACAUACAGCAGGCUGAAGAGUUGACGACGCUGCCAGCAACUUUCACCAAGCUCCAUUCGCUGACAUCUAUAGUAGUGCAUGCUCCCAACCUCUCGUCCCUCCCUGAUCACAUCGGUGCCUUAUCCAGACUGCGCGAGCUCAACCUCUCCAACUGCUCUGCUCUCACGCACCUCCCUGCGUCUCUCACCCGGCUGUCCUGCCUCCACAAACUGAACCUCAGCAGCACCGCUAUCCGCUCCCUACCUCCUGGCUUCGCACACCUGACGAGGCUCAGGAAGCUAGACUUGGAUGGCUGUGGGCAGCUGGAAGGCCUUCCGGAAGAUCUGACAGAGCUGAAGAUGCUUCAUUGGUUGGAUGUGUCCGGGUCACCUUCACCUCUGCCCCUACCCGUUCUCCUUCACCUCUGCCCCUACCCGUUCUCCUUCACCUCUGCCCCUACCCGUUCUCCUUCACCUCUGCCCCUACCCGUUUCUCCUUCACCUCUGCCCCUACCCUUUCUCCUUCACCUCUGCCCCUACCCGUUCUCCUUCACCUCUGCCCCUACCCGUUCUCCUUCACCUCUGCCCCUACCCUUUCUCCUUCACCUCUGCCCCUACCCGUUCUCCUUCACCUCUGCCCCUACCCGAUCUCCUUCACCUCUGCCCCUACCCGUCCCCUGUCUCACAUGCUAG